AUGGAAAAAGGUUCUACUACUCCACAAAUGGACAACGUACAAAUGAGAGCUGUAAUAGCUUCCAAUGGAACAGCAACAACAGUGACUGCAAACAAUGGUUUUUCAUCACCUUCGAGACUAGGAGGUCUUCCCAAUCUUAAUGGAUGGUUGAACAACCUCCCUUCACUUAAAUCUGAGCCUGAAGAGGUGCAUAUAGGGAGAUUGACUGGAGUUAAUACAACUAUCAAAUCCAACCUAGGGAGAUUCACCUACAUGUUGCUGAAAUUAAGGAAACUUCAACUGGAAGUAAAUUACUUCACAGAGUGUAUCCAUGAGGGGGUCGUCCCUAAAUGUUUAAGAUUGUGGCAAUACCCGACAGGCUUGCAAGAUGCGUCAGAUUUUCAUCAAGAACUGCUUGCCUUAUUUAAUAGACAUGGGACUGAACUAAUGGAGCUUCUUUAUCACCUCAAGAAAGUGCAUUUCCAAACAUCAGAUGGAGAAGACUUAUUUUUUGAUGAGAACGGAGAUGUAGUUGUACGUUCUGAUAUCGUUAACUGGCAGCUCACUCCAGAUGGUGUCAUGAAAAGCCUAACCGUGGGAUGGUCUAAGCCUUAUACCCUGCAUGGUCAACAACUCUUUGUUAAUAACAGUGCUGUUGUGUGGAGUGGAGGACACUUUGAGGUUCCGAAGUCUGUGUGUAGUGAAGCCUGCAAUGCUGGUUACAGAAGAGUUAUUCGACAAGGAGAACCACCAUGUUGCUUUGACUGUAUCCCUUGUUCAGAUGGAGAAAUUGCUAACAAAUCCGGAAAAUGUAUUUGUAUAAAGUGUCCUGAUGAUUACUGGUCAAAUACAGAAAAAGAUUUCUGCAUUUCAAAAUACAUUGAGUUCCUCUCGUAUGAAGAUCCCUUGGGUACAUCAUUAGCUGCUAUUGCUGUUGCCUUGUCAUUGAUGCCUGUGGGGGUUCUGUGUAUCUUCAUCAAACAUCAUGAUACACCAGUUGUCAAGGCAAAUAACCGUGAAAUCAGCUACUUCCUCCUUGUAAUACUUACAUUAUGUUUACUGGCUUCACUAAUAUUUAUCGGUCAUCCAAGAAAUGAAACUUGUAUUUUCAGGCAACCAGCUUUUGGGAUAUUCUUCUCCAUUUGUGUAUCCGCUGUACUGGCCAAGACCAUCACUGUAGUGAUCGCUUUCAGAGCCACAAAACCAGGAAGCCGACUGAAAAACCUGUUUGGAUCAAAGACAUCAUUUUUCACUAUUGUAUGUUGUUCUGUGGUUGAGAUUAUAAUAUGCAUUGCAUGGAUCUCAGUUUCUCCACCUUUCCAAGAAACUGACAAAACAUAUCCACAGAAAACAAUUCUUCAGUGUAAUGAAGGUUCAGCUGCCAUGUUUUACUGCAUGCUGGGAUAUUUAGGUAUAUUAGCAACUAUAAGCCUUUUAAUAGCAUUUCAUGCUAGGAACCUCCCAGAUAGUUUUAAUGAGACAAAAUUUAUCACAUUUAGCAUGAUUGUUUUUAUAAGUGUUUGGUUAUCAUUCAUACCAGCUUAUAUUAGCACAAAGGGGAAAUACAUGGUUGCUGUUGAGAUUUUUGCAAUUCUCUCAUCUAGUACUGGAUUAUUACUUUGCAUUUUUUCCCCCAAAUGCUACAUUAUUCUACUGAGACCAGAUAUGAACACUAGAAGAUACCUUGUAAGACAAAAUGUUGCUUAA